GCGUGGGUGUCCCUCCGAUCGGUCGGUGCCGCCCGAGGAGGCGGGGGUGGGCGGUGACCCGGUCGGCCCGAUAGCGGACGGAAGAUAAAGGCGCGCUGCGGACGCCGGCCAUCAGUCGCAGUGGUGACGCGGCAGUGCGCAGCCAUGGCCGCCAAGGGAGCCGAGUACGACAACCCGAUGCUGGAGGGCGGGAUGGGCUCCUCGCACGACUCGACCCGGCGGCCACAGCAGCAGCAGCAGCAGCGCUACGAUGUCGUGAUCGGGGCAGAGAGCAGCGAGGCCUCGCUCGACUGUUUCUCAGUUCUGCUGAUCGCGCUCUCCUAUCUCCUCUUCAUCAUCACUUCACCCAUCACCAUCUGGACCUGCAUCAAGAUCGUCACCGAGUACGAGCGGGCAGUCAUCUUCCGUCUGGGCCGGCUGCGCGGCGGCGGCGGCGCCGUCGGGCCCGGCUGGUUCUUCGUGCUGCCCUGCAUCGACACGUACAUGAAGGUGGACCUGCGCAGCGUCUCGUUUGACGUGCCGCCGCAGGAGAUUCUCACCAAGGACUCGGUCACGGUCGCUGUCGACGCCGUCGUCUACUACCGCGUCUCGAGCCCGGCCGUGGCCGUCGCCAAUGUCGAGGACUUCGCGCGCAACACGCGGCUGCUGGCCGCCACCACGCUGAGGAAUGCUCUGGGCACGCGCACCCUGGCGGAGAUCCUGUCUCAGCGCGAGGAGGUGUCCACCCACAUGCAGGAGACCCUGGACGAGGCCACCGACCCGUGGGGCGUCAAGGUGGAGCGGGUCGAGAUCAAGGACGUGCGCCUGCCGAUGCAGCUGCAGCGCGCCAUGGCCGCCGAGGCCGAGGCGGCCCGCGAGGCCAAGGCCAAGGUGAUCGCCGCCGAGGGAGAGAACCGGGCGUCGCGCGCGCUGAAGGAGGCUGCAGACGUGAUGGCCGACAGCCCGUGCGCGCUCCAGCUGCGCUACCUGCAGACGCUCAACACCAUCUCUGCCGAGAAGAACUCGACGAUCGUGUUCCCGCUACCGAUGGACAUCAUUGGCCCGAUGCUGAACCGCUCCAGCUAGUUGGCUUCGAGAGGUAGAUGGAGAGUACAGUCCACAAAUGUUGACGGCUGGGUAGGAGCCGGGGAUGUCACUGUGCUUCCUCGCCACCACGGCUCUGCCAUGGCGCGGUUAGCUGCUGAAGCGUCUAUCCGGACUCGGCAACACUGUUUGUGACGGUAUGUGUGAUAGUCACACUUGAAUACUGCCUCUAAUUCCUCUGUUUCUUGAAGAUAAUGUCAAUCUCGAUUAUGCGAAUCGCUUACAUCAGUAACAAUGUGCUGUGUAGGCAGGGCAUAUUUUAAGGAUUUUUCACUGCGUCCCAAAGGUGGCAUAGGGCACACGCUUUGAUCGGAAAGGGCACAUUGCAAGCGAAAUAGUAUAUAAUGCAAGUAAGAUAAUGUACAGAUACAUUGUGUACUGUGCUGGUGGAGGGGCACUGCAAACGGGAUAUUGGAAGCGGGCUGUGAUUGCUUUUGGCCAGUCUCGAAAUUCGCCCAGUCGUAGUGCGUUCUUUAUCCGCAUUCAAAGGGCGGACCGGCGAUUUAUAUGACAUUUACAUUAUUGUUAGUCACUCGUUUUCCUGAACGGCGUUGGGCGUGUUUGACCUUCCUUGACGCACCAAAUUGUACCUAUGCUUAGAGAAUAAAAAUGAAUAUGCACAUGAUUAAAAUGUGAUACAUACGUCUC